UAUAAACUCAUGCGCACAUUCUUUUACAACACAAACCAAAACAACAAAAUCUAACCAACGUAGUAAAGCGUUGGUACAAAAAAAGCAAAAUCAUAAUGAGAUCUUCUUCUAAGAUGGGGCCUUCAGCCCAUCUCAUUUCCGCUCUAGGAGUUAUCAUCAUGGCAACAAUGGUUGCUGCAUAUGAGCCAGAAACAUAUGCCUCUCCGCCACCGUUGUAUUCUUCACCGCUUCCUGAAGUUGAAUACAAGACUCCUCCACUACCAUACGUCGACAGUUCCCCACCACCAACUUACACACCAGCUCCUGAAGUGGAAUACAAGUCUCCACCACCACCAUAUGUCUAUAGUUCUCCACCCCCACCAACAUACUCCCCAUCUCCAAAGGUUGACUACAAAUCUCCUCCACCACCAUACGUCUACAGUUCUCCACCACCACCAUAUUACUCGCCUUCUCCUAAGGUCGACUACAAGUCUCCUCCACCACCAUACGUCUACAACUCUCCACCACCACCAUAUUACUCGCCUUCCCCUAAGGUUGACUACAAGUCUCCUCCACCACCAUACGUAUACAGCUCCCCACCACCACCAUACUAUUCUCCAUCCCCUAAGGUUGAGUACAAAUCUCCUCCUCCACCGUACGUUUACAGUUCUCCACCACCACCAUACUACUCACCAUCCCCUAAAGUUGACUACAAGUCUCCUCCACCACCAUACGUCUACAGUUCCCCACCACCACCAUACUAUUCACCAUCCCCUAAAGUAGACUACAAGUCUCCCCCACCACCAUACGUUUACAGCUCCCCACCACCACCAUACUACUCACCAUCCCCAAAGGUUGACUACAAGUCUCCUCCACCACCAUACGUCUACAGCUCCCCACCACCACCAUACUACUCACCAUCCCCAAAGGUUGACUACAAGUCUCCUCCACCACCAUACGUCUACAGCUCCCCACCACCACCAUACUACUCACCAUCCCCAAAGGUUGACUACAAGUCUCCUCCACCACCAUACGUUUACAGUUCCCCACCACCACCAACCUACUCUCCAUCCCCAAAGGUUGACUACAAGUCUCCUCCACCACCAUACGUCUACAGCUCCCCACCACCACCAUACUACUCACCAUCCCCAAAGGUUGAGUACAAAUCUCCUCCACCACCGUAUGUCUACAGCUCCCCACCACCACCAACCUACUCUCCAUCCCCUAAGGUGUACUACAAGUCUCCACCACCACCAUACGUAUACAGUUCUCCACCACCACCAUACUACUCACCAUCCCCUAAGGUGUACUACAAGUCCCCACCACCACCUUACGUAUACAGUUCUCCACCACCACCAUACUACUCACCUUCUCCUAAGGUGUAUUACAAGUCUCCACCACCACCGUACGUGUACAGUUCUCCACCACCACCAUACUACUCACCUUCUCCUAAGGUGUAUUACAAGUCUCCACCACCACCAUACGUCUACAGUUCUCCACCUCCACCAUAUUACUCACCUUCCCCUAAGGUGUACUACAAAUCCCCACCACCACCAUACGUCUACAGCUCUCCACCUCCACCAUAUUACUCACCUUCCCCUAAGGUGCACUACAAAUCCCCACCACCACCAUACGUCUACAGCUCUCCACCUCCACCAUAUUACUCACCUUCCCCUAAGGUGCACUACAAAUCCCCACCACCACCAUACGUCUACAACUCUCCACCACCACCAUACUAUUCACCAUCUCCUAAGGUGUACUACAAAUCUCCACCACCACCUUACGUCUACAGUUCUCCCCCACCACCGUACUACUCUCCUUCACCUAAAGUGUACUACAAGUCUCCACCACCACCAUAUGUCUACAGCUCUCCACCACCACCAUAUUACUCCCCUUCCCCUAAGGUGUACUACAAGUCUCCACCACCACCUUAUUACUCACCUUCCCCUAAGGUAUACUACAAAUCCCCACCACAUCCUCAUGUAUGUGUUUGUCCACCACCACCUCCAUGUUAUUCUCCAUCCCCUAAGGUUGUGUACAAGUCUCCUCCACCACCAUAUGUCUACAAUUCCCCACCACCACCAUACUACUCACCUUCUCCAAAAGUUUACUACAAGUCUCCUCCACCACCAUCUUAUUAUUCUCCCUCUCCAAAGGUUGAAUACAAAUCUCCACCUCCACCAUCGUAUUCACCUUCUCCAAAAACUGAGUACUAAAUUUCUCGGCUGCCUCUAUAUGAGUGAAACUAAAAAAUGUAAUUCUUAAAUAAGUUAUCGAAUAUUAUUCGAUUUUAUCUUUCCUUUUGUUCUCGUUUUUUAAUUUCUCUUAUCUAAUCAAUUUUUAAUUUUCUUGGGAUUUGGCUACAAAAUUUUCUUUUAUUUGUGUAACGAUUGCUUGCGAUCUAUAUAAACUCCUUUGCAAAUUCUUGACUUUGUAUCGUUUAAAUAACUAUAUGAUCCUCUAACAUGGAUCUUGUCUUUGGACAGCACACCUAAAAGCAUGAAUUAUUUUAAUU